AUGGAUACAAAAAUUCCGCCGCAAUUAGAAUUGAGUGGUAAUAUUGCCGAAAAUUAUAAAAAAUUUAAACAAAGGUUAGAAAUUUAUCUAAUGGCAAAUGAUUUUGAUGGAAAACCGGACGAAAGAAAAGUAGCGAUACUCUUAAAUAUUAUCGGUGAAGAGGGGCUGGAGGUUUUUAAUAACUUUCAGUUAGGAGAAGUUGAAAGAAAGAAUUAUAAAAUUGUUCUCGAUAAAUUUGAUGAAUACUUUCUACCUCAGAAGAAUGUCAUAUAUGAAAGGUAUAAUUUUUAUAAAAGAUGUCAAGAGAACAAUGAACCAUUUGAAAUUUUCCUGAAAGAGGUGAAAACAUUGGCGAAAGGCUGUGAGUUCCUGGAAGAAAAGGAUAUGAUUAGAGACAGGAUUGUCUUGGGGAUCAAUGAUUCUAAAGUUCAAGAGAAAUUAUUAAGUAUAAGAGAUUUGAAGCUCGAGAAAGCAAUUCAAAUUUGCAAAGCUGCAGAAGUGUUAAAAGAACAAAUGAAAGAGAUGACAGAGGUGAAAAAGGUAGAAAAAGUGGAAAAGAAAGGUGUAAAAAACCCACAAAAAAUUUACAACCAGAAGAAACUUCAAUUGGAAAAUGGCAAGGCUCAUGAAAAAAAUAAGUUUCAAUGUAGACGUUGUCAGAAGUGGCAUGGGCCAAGAGAAUGUCCAGCAUUUGGAAAAGAGUGUCAAAAAUGCGGCAAACUAAACCAUUUCAAAGUAGCUUGCAAGGUGAGGCAAGUGCAAAGAAUUGAAGCUGAAGCAAAUGAUGAAGAAGAAUAUUUGGUCAUCGAUAGCGUGGGACAAACAAGGAAAGAGAUAUUUGAAGUACGGAGCAACGCCUGGUAUGAAGAUCUGAUCAUAGAGGGUCGCAAGAUUAAAUUCAAAUUGGAUACAGGAGCGGAGGCAAACAUAAUCCCAUACUCAACGUUUCAGCAACUACGAAGCCAAAAACUGGUGAGGACGAAAACUGUAUUAGAAGCAUACGGUGGAGUCAAGUUUAAACCAGUGGGAGUUGUUACCUAUAAGUGUAAAGCGAAGGAUAAGAUGAUAGAUUUAACAUUUUUAGUAGUAGAUGUAGAUAGAGUGCCAUUGUUAGGAUUAGAGGCGUGCGUGAAGUUGCAGUUUAUCAAAAGAAUAGACAAGAUUCAAACUGUGGAGACUAGAGUAGAAUUUAUAGAAGUGAAUAAAGAUUUGUUUACGGGGUUAGGAAAAUUUCCGGAGAAAUGCAAAAUAAUUGUAAAAGAAGAUGCAAUACCAGUAGUCAGAGCACCGCGGAGAGUUCCAUUAGCAAUUAAAGACAAAUUAAAUAAGACGUUACAAGAGUUAGAGAAAAAAGAAAUAAUUAAAAAAGUUGAGGGGCCAACAGAUUGGGUGAGCAAUUUAGUAGUAGUGGAGAAACCAAAUGGAUCACUAAGAAUUUGUAUGGAUCCGUCAGAUCUGAAUAAAAGUAUUGUAAGAGAACAGUGUCUACUACCAAAGAUAGAAGAGAUUCAAGCGACGUUGUCGGGAAAAGAUUGGUUUACAGUCUUAGAUAUGAAGGAUGGAUUCUAUCAGGUAGAAUUAGACGAGGAAUCCAGUUAUCUUUAUGAUAUUAUAAUAUGUGGUGAUACCAAAGAAAGUCAUGAUGCCGCGCUAAAUAAAGUGUUAGAAAGAGCUAGAUUGAAUGGAGUUAAGUUUAAUAUGGAUAAAGUGCAAUUUAGGCAUAGAAAAGUUAAAUAUCUUGGUCAUCAAUUUUCAAAAGAAGGUAUGAGUCUUGAUGAUGAAAGAGUAAGAGCAAUAAGACAGUUGAAAAGACCUAAUAACAAAAAAGAAGUGCAACAAGUAUUAGGUAGUUUUAAUUAUUUUCGUAGCUUUAUUCCAAAUUUAGCUGAAAUGUCGGAACCCUUGAGAGGAUUACUAAAGAGAGAUAAAGAGUUUAGUUGGGCGAAGGCUCAUGAUGAAGCCUUUGAAAAAAUUCAGGAUAGUCUAAUAAAGGCGCCGGUUCUAGCAAAUUUUGAUGUCAGAAAGGAAUUGGUAUUACAGACAGAUGCGUCCAGUAAAGGGUUAGGAGCAUGUUUGAUGCAAGGUGGUAAACCAUUAUCGUAUUUUUCAAGAAGUUUAACCGACACGGAAAAACAAUAUGCGCAAAUAGAAAAAGAGUUUCUUGCUAUUACGAGUGCAGUAGAAAAGUUUAAAAAUUAUUUAUAUGGGAACAAAUUUAAAGUAUUGACGGACCAUAAGCCGUUAAUUGGUUUAAUGAAUAAAAACCUGUCAGAAAUUAUAUCACCCAGGUUGCAAAGAAUGCGUUUAAAAUUAGUAAAAUAUAACUUAGAAGUACAAUACAUCCCAGGAAAAGAAUUAUAUGUAGCUGAUAUGUUAUCUCGAAAUUUUGUACAAGAGAUUGUAGAAGAUGAUAAGGACAUGAAAGAAGUAGUUCACAAUGUAAGGGCCAUAAUUAAUAUUUCGGAUAGGAUGAAAGAGAAAUUUCAAGUAGCAACGGAAAGCGAUGAAAUAUUGAAGAAAGUAAAGGGAUUUUGUGUGAAAGGAUGGCCAAAAGUUUCUAAAACAGAAAGGAGCGAGUUAUUAGUGUAUAGUAACCUGCGGCAUGACCUAGUGGCAUUAGAAAAUGUUAUAUUAUACAAAGAUAGGUUGGUAGUGCCAGUAUCAUUACGUGAAGAAAUGUUAAAAAUUGGUCAUGAAUCACAUAAUGGAAGUAAUAGAAUGCUAAGUAGAAUGCAAGAAGCGUUAUAUUGGCCGUGUAUGAAAAAUGAUAUUGAGCAAUAUACAAAAAAGUGUGAAAUUUGUAAUAAAUUUAGUCCAGCCAAGAUAGCUGAACCCAUGUUGAAACAUAAAAUUGUUGGGAGGCCAUUUGCAAAAAUAGGAGUGGAUAUUGCACAAUUUGGUAUACAUAAUUUUGUCAUAAUCAUGGAUUAUUUUUCAAAAUGGUUAGAAAUUAUAAAAAUCAAAGAUAAAACGGCACAAUCAGUGAUAGAAGCCUUUAAGAAAUGUUUUGCAACUCAUGGAAUACCGGAGAUAAUAGUGAGUGAUAAUAUGCCUUUGGCAUCAUAUAAAUUUAAAAACUUUGCUGAGUUAUGGGGAAUUAAAUUAAUAACGUCUAGUCCACAUUAUCCUAAAAGUAAUGGACAAGCAGAAAGUGGGGUGAAAAUAGUAAAAGCGUAUCUCAGAAAAGAAGUUGAUUUAGAUACGGCGUUAUUAAAUUAUAGAACAACGAAUAUUCCAGGGGUAGGAUUGUCACCAGCACAAAUUCUUAUGGGAAGACAAUUAAGAUCGAAAAUUCCAAUAAAACAGAACAGCUUAAUUAAAAAGAGGAUCAGUAAUAAAGACAUUUUAGGUAAAUUGCGAAACAAGCAAGAAAAGUAUAAAAAGGCAUAUGAUAAGAGAACGAUGUACCAGGGUAAUUUUCGUAUAAAGCAACAAGUAUUUUAUAGAAAGGGUAAUGUAUGGGAGAAAGCGGUAAUUGUGAAAAAGUGUAAAGAGCCGAGAUCAUACAUUAUAGAAACUCAAGAAGGAAGUAGAGUGAGAAGAAAUAGUAGGGACUUAAAAGAAAAUAUUGGUAAAAGGAGAUCAAUAAUUAAUGAUGAAGUUCCAUGGGAGGAGGAAGAAAUAGAGAGAAUUCAAAAUAGUGAGGAAGGUGAAGAAAGAGUACCUACUCAGGAGACUGGAAUUGUAUUGGACAGUCAAAACCGAUCUCAGAGAGAGAAGAGAACAACGCGCGUACCAAGUAGAUUUAAGGAUUAUACUCUGUAUUAA